GGAAAAGGAAGGGCCCGCCUGUUUUUUUUUUGCAGGAGGGGUUCCCGUGGGAGGUUUCUGGGUGUUCAGAGAAACUGAGCUUGGGCCCACCCUCUGGGGGCUUCAGAAGGCCUAUUGGGCUUGGUUCAGAUUGAUGACAUUGCCGAUGGUGCCGUGAAGCCCCCACCCAACAAAUACCCCAUCUUCUUUUUUGGUACACACGAAACAGCCUUCCUGGGACCCAAGGACUUGUUUCCUUACGACAAAUGUAAAGAUAAAUACGGGAAACCCAACAAGAGGAAAGGCUUCAAUGAAGGACUGUGGGAGAUCCAGAACAAUCCACACGCCAGCUACAGUGCGCCUCCGCCGGUGAGUUCCUCCGACAGUGAGGCCCCUGAAGCUGAACCAGCAGGUGGGAGUGACGCAGACGAGGAGGACCGGGGCAUCAUGGCUGUCACGGCUGUGACUGCCACAGCUGCCAGUGACAGGAUGGAGAGUGACUCAGACUCUGAGAAGAGCAGUGGCCACAGUCUGAAGAGGAAGACGCCCGCACUGAAGAUGUCUGUCUCAAAACGGCCGCGAAAGGCCUCCAGUGACUUAGAUCAGGCCAGCAUUUCACCGUCAGAAGAAGAGAACUCAGAGAGUUCAUCUGAGUCAGAGAAGACCAGCGACCAGGACUUCACCCCAGAGAAGGCAGUGGUCCGCCCACCAAGGCGGGGCCCCCGCCCCCUAGGAGGACGAAAGAAGAAGGUACCAUCAGCCUCUGAUUCGGACUCUAAAGUGGAUUCAGAUGGGGCCAAGGGAGAGCCUGUGCCUGUGGCCCAGUCCCUGUCCCCCUCUUCUUCGUCUUCCUCAUCCUCUGACUCAGACAUGUCUGUCAAGAAACCUCCACGUGGUCGAAAGCCAGCUGAAAAGCCUCCCCCUAAGCCCCGAGGGCGUAAACCAAAGCCUGAACGGCCUCCAUCCUCCUCCAGCAGUGACAGUGACAGUGAAGAGGUGGACCGUAUCAGUGAGUGGAAGCGGAGGGAUGAGGAGCGGCGGCGGGAGCUGGAGGCCCGGAGGCGGCGGCAGCAGGAGGAGGAGCUGCGGCGGCUACGUGAGCAGGAGAAGGAGGAGAAGGAGAGGCGACGGGAGCGGGCAGAGCGUGGGGGCAGUGGUGGCAGCAGUGGGGAUGAACUCCGUGAGGACGAGGAGCCCAUCAAGAAGCGGGGUCGCAAGGGCCGGGGGCGGCCAGCAUCCUCCUCUGACUCUGAGGCUGAGCUGGAGAGAGAGGGGAAGAAGUCAGCCAAGAAGUCGCCUCUGCCAAGCACGGAGCCUGUCAGGAAGUCGAGCCAGAAGGAGAAGAGAGGGCGGCCCGAGGAGAAGCCACGAGCCAGGCCCGCAAAGGUGGAGAGAACCCGGAAGCGCUCUGAGGGCUUCUCACUGGACAGGAAGGUGGAGAAGAAGAAAGAACCGUCUGUCGAGGAGAGGCUCCAGAAGCUGCACAGUGAGAUCAAGUUCGCCUUAAAGGUUGACAACCCGGAUGUCAAGAGAUGUCUGGGUGCGCUGGAAGAGCUGGGGACACUGCGGGUGACCUCCCAGAUCCUGCAGAGGAACACAGACGUUGUAGCCACUCUGAAGAAGAUCCGCCGGUACAAAGCCAACAAGGAUGUGAUGGAGAAGGCAGCAGAAGUCUAUACUCGGCUCAAGUCACGGGUCUUGGGACCGAAGAUGGAGGCGGUCCAGAAGACAAACAAGACGGGUGUGGAGAAGGAACGGGCUGAGGGGGAGAAGGCAGAGGAGCAGCCAUCUGGGGAGCAGGCCCCCAAGGAGCCUACCGAGGACAAGCCUGCCACUGCUCCUAUGAAUGGUGAGGCCAUGUCCCAGCAGGGGGAGAACACUGAGGAAAAGGAGCAGGACUCAGAGGAAGGCCUGCCUGACAGCCCACGGGAGGUCUCCGAGCCUGCCAGGCCUGGGGGCGAGCUGCAGGAGCACGAGAGGGCACUGUUGGCCUCCGGGUCCCCAGAUGAGGACAGCUGAGCUGAGCUGAGCUGAGCAGGAACUUCACGGGCACCUGUGUCUGUCCCCAGCCUCCCUCCAAGCAGAGACUUGGGGAAGUGCUGUGCUGUUUGUAUCUGUUCCCUUGGAUUUUUUCCGACUGAUUUCUGAGCAACAUGAAAUGACUAUAAA